AGCUUUCCAUUUUGUGAAUCUUUCACUUGUAGAAGUCGUGGGUUCCCAGUACAGCUUGGUUUUCCCUGGGGCUAAGCAGCUUCUACAACAAAGAUUUCAUCUGGGAUGGGGAUGGUGGGCAGGGCUAAGAGACAUGUGGAUGUGGGUCAGUGACAGAGUGCUCAGAGAUGUAAGGGACUCUUAGGCAACAUGGAGCUAGAGGAGUCAGGAGCAGUGGGAGAGCAAGGCCAAGCCAGAGGAUCACAGGGAGGACUCGGAUGAUAGAAAAAGGGAGACUGAAACAGGAGGCAGAGAGAGGACAGUGAACCAAACACGAGAUAGCAACAGGACAGGGGAGAGCUGGGUAACAGGAAGGCCAAGGAGGAAGGAAAGCUCCCAUGGAGCAAUCUCCUCUUCCGGCCGUGGAACGUGGCCCCAAAAGUCCUAGGCGAGCUGGACAAAGCAAGGCUCCAGCUUCCCACUGGAGUCAGUCAGGUGGGGAAGAACCCCACCAUGUCAUCUCUCCCCUGCCUCUUCUGGCUCCUAUUUUGGUUUGGGGGAGAGGGCGAGGCUGCUCCUCACUGCGGUCACAGCCACAUCCUGCAGGGCAGGGGAGGGGGAAGUAAGAAGCAAAACAACCAGAGGAACCUCAGGCAAAGACCACGGGGCGAGAACCAUGGGCAUGCGCAGCAGCUACGCUGCCAGGCGGGUCCUGGGUUCAGCCCAGCAGAAGACCUUAGACCACUUGUUUCUCCCACUUCCUCAGUGUGUGCCAACAUCACCGAGAGCAUUCUGGUGACUGGUCACAUACCCCACCCCCCAGGAACCAUGGAGUCCUUCAGCUCAAAGAGUUUGGCACUGCAAGCAGAGAAGAAGCUACUGAGUAAGAUGGUGGGCCGGUCUGCAGCUCAUCUCUUCAUCGAUGAGACAAGCAGCGAGGUGCUGGAUGAGCUCUACCGUGUGUCCAAAGAGUACACACACAGCCGGCCCCAGGCCCAGCGAGUCAUCAAGGACCUCAUCAAGGUGGCUGUCAAGGUGGCCGUGCUGCACCGCAGUGGCUGCUUUGGCCCCAGUGAGCUGGCCCUGGCUACCCGCUUUCGCCAGAAGCUGAGGCAGGGUGCCAUGACGGCCCUUAGCUUUGGCGAGGUGGACUUCACCUUUGAGGCCGCUGUGCUGGCUGGCCUGCUGACUGAGUGCCGGGAUGUGCUGCUGGAGCUGGUAGAGAACCAUCUCACGCCCAAGUCACAUGGCCGCAUCCGCCACGUGUUCGAUCACUUCUCUGACCCAGGCCUCCUCACUGCCCUCUAUGGCCCUGACUUCACUCAGCACCUUGGCAAGAUCUGUGAUGGGCUCAGGAAGCUGCUGGAGGAGGGGAAGCUCUGAGAGUCCUCACCCUAGCGACUUCCACCUGGGCAAAAUGGCUGACUGAGAGAACAGACAAAGGGCUUGCUAACCCUGCUCCUCGGCACUAAUGCUUCUCAAUCCUCAGGCUUCAUUCUUUCCCCAGAGUGUUUUUGACUCAGAGAACAUUUCACUCUCAAGCUGUUGGAGAAGGAGCAAUGCUGAAGGGUGAGGUCUCUCUCCCUCUCCAGCCCCUGGAGAAGAAACAAAGCUGCCUGAAAAAGGUGAAGUGAAACUUGGGUCUCUAUUUCUCCAAUAAGGGACAUCUGAAACAGGGAAGCCCCCAAGCCUAUGACUCAGGGGAAGGGGGCACAGCCUAUGUAUCCCCUCUGGGGACACUAAAAACAGAAGGGAGAGGGUGAUCUUUAGAGACUUCCUCAUCCUCCAACUAGGAAGAUUCCAGAAGCUCUGUUCAAAGUGCAAGAAAGCGGGCUAGGGCAGGGGAGACUUUCACAGGGAGGGGAAAUAAAACUACUAGAACAUG